AUGUCUUCUUCCAGCUCUUCUGUUUCUGAUCAGUUAUGGCGUCCUUUUGUUUUGGAUGAACUCACUAAAGGAUUUUGUAAGAAAGAGCUGCUUGCUAGAGACAUCCACUUCUGGGAGGCAAGGAACCCUAAAAAAGGAGGUCUGCUUAUGAGAUAUGAACUGCUUCUAAUCGAUCAAAAGGGAACUACAAUCCAAGCAUUCAUACCAGCUUAUCGACUAGGAGACUAUGAGGAAAAAUUAAAGGCUGGUGAAGUUUACAAGUUUAAUAGCUUUCUGGUCAUCAACAACGAAAAAGGCGGGAGAAGUCUACAACAUUGGUAG